CGCCGAUCCAUGACGCCGUCAACGCCCCGCGGUGUGUUGGGGAAAGGAAACACAGAAGAGCACAAUGCAUGUCCCUGGGGAUACAAAGAUCAAAUGGUUCGAUGCAGUGUCUGCGGGAGUGUCCCGGCCACCACUACGAGGUUUGUGGUUUCGAUCCCGCCGUUUCCCUUUCUUGCUAUCUUUUUACCUGUGGGUGAGUCUCAGAUCUAUUUGCUAGUUGGGACUCUUCUUCUCAGACUCUGGAAAGCAACUAGAACUUCCUUCUGAUCCCUCCCAUCCCAUCCCAUCCCAUCCUAUUCUACAAUCUCUCUCACUCUCGUCUCUCUCUCGUGUGAUACCUCCGCCGAGAAGCUCAAGCUCCCAAAGUCACUGCCCGACGACUCCGUGGGGGGAGCAAGGCCAUGGUACGACAGCUAAGCCCAUGGAAAAGUACAGCCAACGGGGUUUUGGCCAUCCUCUGGGUGUUCCUCUCCCAGUUUUUGAUGAUGGGGUUGGAGGAGGCUAUGUCCACCAGUCCGUUCCCUAUCCCGGCAGCAAUACUGGCCAUGUUCUUGGUAUUCUCCGUCCUGUCCGUCGUGGGCUACGUAUGGGAUGGCCUGUCAGCAUUCUACGAUAACCACUUGCGCGGUCCAGCUGACUUGGUAAACCGCCAUAUGUCAAUUGGCUUUUCUGCGCCCAUAGCCCUUCUCUGCCGCCUGCCAACGGCGCCGCCCAGAACCAUUGGGCUCAUCAUAGCCUGCUUCGUGAUAACCGGGAUUCUCGCCACUACGACCGUCUAUCUCAUGGCCUGGUCCCUGCAGAAGCUGCUGGCCGCCUGUGUUAGUCUCGUCGCCAACGGCUGCAAACAAUGGCGAAGAUCACGGCCGGACGACGAAGAGAUGCAAAGUCGGCCUGUCCAGAUCGCUGCAUCUACGUCGUCAGGCCAGGCUAGAAGAAGCAAGGCGUUCAUAUCGGAAGCAUCAUCCAUGGCUAGUACCCAAGGCGAACCCCCUGACGACGACCGCGACGGCAAUCCCCCUCCGCCGCCACCGCCGCCCUCGGAAGCCUCGCAAGAACAGCCGACAGACCAGCAGCCACCACCACCACCACCACCACCACCGCUGCGCCGCAGACUUGUCAACUCGGCCGCACGAAACCUCUUCGCCGUCCUCUCCUGGCUCGUCCUCGUCGUCAUCGCCAUCCCCCUCCGCUUCGCCGCAGGCAUCGACGCCGUCCUGACAACCUCGCUCCUCUUCGCGCUCUGGUUCACCGUCCUGGCAGCCCAGUCCCGAGUCAGACGCAUCAGCCGCCUGCACGCCUGGCCCAAAACGCGCACCUGCCUCGCCGUCUCCCUCAACGCCGUCCUCUGGACCGCCCUGGGUCUGAUCGCCUACGCCUACUCCGACAGCGCCAUCAGCCACCGGCCCGUCCCCGAGGUCCUCGACCUCCUCCAGCGCAACACCACCCUAACCACCCUCCUCCUCCACCACCACCACCACCCCACCGGCGUCCCCGCCCUCGGCGCCGGCGACGUCGCCCUCGCGAUCCUCAACGCAGGCCUCGUCUCCUGGGGUCUCAAGCUGUGGGAAUACCGCCGACGCCUCGCCUCGCGUGCCGGCGCCACCAUCCUCGCCGUCUCCCUCCCCGCGGCCCUGCUCAACGUGGCCCUGGGCCCGGCGCUCGCCCGCGCCACCGGCGUCGUCGUCUCGGGCGCCGGCGCCGGCGGCCAGCGCUACGACCUCGCCUUCGCGGCCCGCACCGCCACCCUCGCGCUGGGCGGGCCGGCCGUGGCGCGCCUGGGCGGCGACCCGGGCCUGGGGGCUGCGCUGGUGGUCGCGAAUGGGAUCGUCUUCCAGGCCGGGCUGGGGCUCGGGGUCGGGCGGGGGCUGGGGCGGGUUGCGGGGCGGUUGCGGCGGGCGGUGGUGGUGCGGGGAGGGGACGGUGCUGCUGGGGAGGCCGCGGAGGAGGAGGGCGAGGGCGAGGGCGAGGGCGAGGGCGAGGGCUGCGACGAGGUGGCGGCUGGGGUGACGGUCGGGAUCAACGCGGCGGCUAUGGGCACGGCGCACCUGUAUGAGGUGAGGAGCGAGGCGGCGCCGUAUGCGGCGCUGUCGAUGACCGUUUUUGGCGUCGCGACCGUCGGGUUUACGAUGGUGCCUCAGCUGGUCAGCUGGGUGGUGGGUGGGCCGUGUUAGCCCGGCUGGUUAGUAGUGUGUCGAGCGGCUGUGGAUGGUCAAAACGCAGGAGGACGAUGA